AAUGACGCUAUCCGCCCCAUAUCCUGCCCCCGCCCGUCUCCACGCUGCUGCCUGCCAGCUUCCGUCUUGUGUUACUCGCAGCAUCUUCAACCUCUCCACCCUCUUCAUCGUCAUCCUCGCCAGACGUUCGCAAGGGGGUGGGGGAGACACCUUGUCUGACAUACUGGAUCAUACCUCGGAAUAUUGUCCUUUGUUUCCAUGCAGAUUAUUUAAACCGAGACGGCACUCCCCUCCCUUCCUUCCCUUCUGCGUGGAUGCUCGACUCCUGCUGAACGCGCAACAUCCGCGACUCAACAAGACAGAGAGAGUGAGAGGGGGCGGCGGGGAAGAAAGCAAAGAAAAAGCCACUGCGAACGCCCUUGCCGUGGAUGGACUGCCGUUUCCCCUCCGUGAUCGUCACCACCGCAUAGUGGGCUCUCGAGUCAGAGAAGAUGGCGGACCGGGCUGAGAUGUUCUCCCUCAAUACGUUCCACUCCCUCUCUCCUCCGGGCUGCAGGCCAGCCCACGACAUUAGCCUGGAGGAGUUUGACGACGAAGAUCUCUCCGAAAUCACAGACGACUGCGGAAUUGGUCUCAAUUACGACUCAGAUCCUUAUGAAAAGGACUCCCUCAUUCUAGAGAAGAACGACAUGCACCACCCAGUGUGCUCCUUCCAGGACGACUUCCAGGAGUUCGAAAUGAUUGACGACGAAGAUGAGGAUGAUGAGGAGGAGGAGGAAGAGGAGGAAGAGGAGGAGGUGGACCCUGAUGCACCGCCGUCUCCCUCAGCGUCACCUCCCCCCUCGCCCAUUCUCGGCACCCUGAAAAGCAGACCGACUACACUAAACCUCACCACGGCAGUAUCGCAGGAUUCACUGAACAACAACAGCAGUCUGUCACCAAAGAAAGCAAGCUUGCAGGACUCUUUGCACAACCCAUCGACACAGGGCCGCAUGACUCCAACCCACACAUGUCUGGAGGAUGGUAGCAAUGUGACAGGCCAAUUUUCAGCCUCAUCCCUUUCCCAGCCACCAGGGUCCCAGAGUCAAGGUACUCCAGCAAAACAAGCAGAGGAGGGUGGGAACCCCCAUUCCCCUCACAGGCCCCUCCUCUGUGACAUGGAGGGCAACAGGCGGGAGAGGCUUGAAUACGGCUCAUUUGGUCAAUUCAAGUCCCACCCUUGCCCUGAGGAUGCCACUCAACCUAAGGCCGACCUUUUAAGCCACACCACCAGAGUACCUUCUGUUGAUGAGCAUUCCCACUGUUCAGACACAGAGGUGGACCAUGACCUCAACAACGGCCACAACCACAAACACUUAAAUCGCCUCGCCACUGACACAUACACAAUAACAAGCGAAUCUGGAAUGGAAGCUGUGAAUGACCUGGAUCCAGAUGGAACCAGUCACUGCUUGUCAUCUACUGCUCCUUUGGGAGGCAAUGAUGGUGCCGACACCCCCUUGUCUGAAGAUGAGCUGGACAAGGACUUUGAAGUUGAGUUUAUGCGCAAGGAGACAUAUGAUAUGGUGUGCAAGGAGAACCCCUCAUCGUAUGUGGAAUUCCCAUGCAUUGAACCUUACGAGCUGGCUGCCUUAUCUGGCUUUGUGUCCAGUCACUCAGAUGCUACUGACCAGUCCAAAAGUUUUGAUUCUCCAGCCUUGGCUGCUCCAGUGGUCGCGGCACAUGAUUCCCAUUCUCCGUCUUCAGAUCCUGGGAUCGCAGACAUGAACCAGCAAGGUUACGUGACUUCAGACCUGGAUAAGGAACUGAGCUCCCCAGGCUCUGACUCUGAGCUUGAUGGGGACAUAUCAUUUGCUUGCGAAGGUCCCGUGCACUCAAAUAUGAUCUCAUCUAUCUCAGAAACGGAGCUCGACUUGACUAGUGAUGAUAGCAGCAGUGGACGCUCCUCUCACCUCACCAACUCCAUCGAAGAAGCAAGCUCACCUACAUCAGACCAAGAACUAGACCCAGAUACAGAGUUAGAGCAGGACAGUGGGAUUGUGGGAAUCAAAGAAUCUCUAAUUUUGGGCCAGCCUGACCCAAUCAAAGAAGGUUCUCCUCUACCCUCUCCAUCACCUUUACCCUCACCAACGGUCGCCACACCAUUCCCUGUUGACUCCCACUUUUUGCCACCCAAAUCAUACACUGAUGACCAGGCUCUGAUUGAGCUAAAGAACAUGGAUGAAGAUCUGUCUGGUGAUCAUCAGGCUGACCCAGAUGAAACCCUUCCUCCUCAACAGUGCGAGGACAUCAUGUCCAGACAAAUGGUGCUCAAGAUAGAACCCGACCACGGCCUUGAGUGCUUCAAACGGUCCUUCUACCUUCCAGUGGGACCCAAGCUUAUGCCUGCCACAGAUGAUUACGAUGAAACUAGUGAAGGGGAUUCAGAAUCAGAAAGUGAGGAUGACCUGAGUGAAAACUCGGACUCGCCCUGGCUGCUGAGCAAUUUGGUCAACAGGAUGAUAUCAGAAGGCUCCUACCCAAUUAGUUGUCCUGAGGAGUGCUUCAAGAGGGAGGCGUCUGUGUCAGAUACCAUUUCACCAUCCUCAGAAAUUGGUGACGGAGAUAGUUUUGCUGAUGAUGAGCCAGAAAUGGUUAUUUCAGAGAAGGAUGGUGAAGGACUGAAAAAGGCUGAGGAAUGUCAGAGAAUUAAGAUGGUGGAGCCUUCCAAUGAAGGUGUUGCCAUGAACACUUGCCUGUAUAUGUGUAACCCCACCGGUCACACAAUCAAACCACUGAGUCUGGAUCACUGUGCAGAGAAUUCACAAGAAACCAGAGAUUACGCAUCAUGCGCCAUCAAAGUCUCCACCACUGCAAAGAACGUAACAGAUAAACUCUCCAAGAACACCGUGAGACCAGAGGAAAGCGGUGAGCCAAAUAAUGACUUUACAAUGCCAGAGGAAAGGAAGCACAUGGACUCUACGAGCCUUUGCAAGAGUAUCAUAAGUGAUAAAGACAUUGGACGAGAGAUGGAGCCCCAGACGACAAGUCGCUCAUCCGCUUCUCUUGAACGAAUCACUGAGGUCAAACACAGGCUGACACUGGACAUACCGACUGCUCAGACCAACCGUUGCUUCAGCCUCACUUAUUCCACAGACAAUGAUGAAGAAGAUGACCAAGGGGACUCGUACCCAUUCUUGGAUGACUUGAGGAGACGGUCCUACAGGGGUAGCGAUUCACAGCUUGACAGUUCACCUCCCUCCGACCCCUGCAUGCCGGAACAUCCUUGCCCGGACCGUAACCUCCCGCCAUGUGAGAAGGCCCUUUCUCCGAAGCCACCCAGUGAAGACGAUGGACUAGCUUAUGACUCCAUGAAAUACACACUUGUGGUUGAUGAGAACACAACUCUGGAACUAGUGAGCCUCAGAAGGUGCACUUCAGUCCUGAGCGAUGACAGCGAGCUCUCCACACUAUGCGACGAAGAGCCUUUGCGAAUGGGUCAGGCGGAUUAUUAUUGCGAUGGAGAGGAGGUGAGGCCAGCGAUGCUCAGUUCUUCUGAAGACUCGUCCCCUGAGGCGGACCUCCCGUUUUCCAAGAAGUUUCUCAACGUCUUUGUCAACAGCACAUCACGCUCCUCUAGUACCGAAUCCUUUGGCCUUUUCUCCUGCACCAUCAAUGGGGAGGAGAGGGACCAAACACACAGGGCAGUGUACAGGUUUAUCCCCAGACACGCCGACGAACUGGAGCUGGAUGUGGACGACCCUCUCUACGUGGAAGAAGAAGAGGACGACUACUGGUACAGAGGCUACAACAUGCGUACAGGAGAAUGCGGAAUCUUCCCCGCUUUCUAUGCCCACGAGGUCAUUGGACACUCCAAAGAGAUGUUGGCCAUGAAACGUAAUCCAGCAUGGAUAGAGACAUUUGACGUGCAGUUCUUGGGUUCCGUCGAAGUCCCUCAACAUCAAGGCAAUGGAAUUCUUUGUGCUGCCAUGCAGAAGAUUGCACUGUCCAGGAAACGGACCGUACACGUGCGACCACCCUCCCUGUGUGAGUUGGAGAUCAGCUUGCAAGGAGUGAAGCUGAUCAUGAGUCUGGAAGAUGAAUACGACUGUCUGGACGAGUUUGACAGAUGCAGUCACUUCUUCCAGAUGAAGAACAUCUCCUUCUGCGGUUGUCAUCCCAGGAACAACUGCUACUUUGGCUUCAUCACUAAGCACCCCAUGCUGAGCCGGUUUGCGUGUCACGUGUUUGUCUCCCAGGAAUCCAUGCGACCUGUAGCGGAGUGUGUUGGUCGGGCCUUCCAGGAAUAUUACCAGGAGCACGUGGAGUACGCCUGCCCCACUGAGGACAUCUAUCUGGAGUAAGACGCAUUGCCUUGUACGCUCAUCCACUUUGCCAUCAGAGGGCUUCUUCUUCUUCUUCUUCUUCUACUUGCUCCUCUCAGACUGGGUUCUUCAGUUCAACAGCAGAUCCAUCUUCUCUCCAUCUCAAUGAAAUGGUUCCUUUGACCGUUUUCUAUGAGAGAAACUGAAAAGUGCUGAGAUAUUUGAAGGUUCCUGCUCUGACAUGUCAUUCACCGACCUAACUACUGUACCUACAGUACCUACUAGCGAUCAGUCAGUCUCCCAAUGCAUGGCUCGUAGGAUUCACUACGCACAGUGACACGUAUUCAGGAACCUGGGCGAGCGGCUCGUUAAGGUUUGUAAAUAUGUAUUUGUUUUCAUGUUUCAGGCUGGUUGGGUUUCUACUGGUAGUCACACGGCAGCAGAGUAGUGGCAGAGAGUGCAGUGAGCUUACCUCAGUGUUGCGUACAAUAAGGUGUGCUGUAAAUAGAUGUAUAGGAAGUAGACUUUCAAACAGGCGCCUCAGCCACACUCAUAAAGGAAGCGGAGAGUUUUCUCGCGGUUGCUCAAGGCAGAGGAACAUCAUGUCGAUAUCAUGAACUGGAAUCAUUUUAGACAAUACAACUUGGUAGUAUUAGGUGCCACACUGAAAAGAAAAAAAUAUUCCUAAAAUGACCAAAAAGAAUAAAGUUAUAAUGUGAGUGGGUAAAAAAAUGUAAUAUUAUGAGGGAAAAAGCCCAGAUGACUGGUUAAAAAAAUAAAAAAUCACUCCCCAAGUUGCACUAUAUAAAACAUAGGGUAUGAUAAUAAUAUAAUAAAAUACUACAUUUCACUUUCAGUCAAUUGUCCAUGUUUUCAUUGAGAGCAGCACACAGUUUAGAAGUUAUUUUAACACACCUGGCAAGUGUUAUAGCUUUGAUUAAUUCCUUUGCUACACUCUUCUUCUUAGGAGGAAUGGUUAGAAAAUUUGGCAAAAUAUCUGUACAAAAACAGAAACUGCGAGCAGUUCACUGCCCUCUUCCUAAUAUUCAUUAGGUCGAUUUUUCUUGUCAUGUUCCAAAAUUCUGUCCGAGGAUGUACUUACUAGUAGUUUAUUCUCUCAAAAUUACAACACUCUCACAAGGUUAUGACUUUUGUCAUUUACAACUUUAAAAUAAUGCACCUUUUCAUAUCAUCAGCCACAUAGCAGAAUUGCUUAAAUCAAUUUUCAUUAUUUUUGGAAAGCAAGAA